AUGGGAUUGAGCCAAGCCUCCCAAAUCACUCCAGACGUUGGUUUGGUGGGAGCAGCAGCGGCGGCAAGCAACCAUCCCAACACUUCUGGCACCUUGCCAACCUCGUCUUUCCCUCCGUCAUCCUGUAGCAUUGAUGAAUCCUACAAAUAUGUCUUCCUGCCUGUUUGCUACUCGCUGACCUUCCUUUUCAGCCUCACCCUCAACUCAGUGGUGCUGCUGCGCUCUUGCCGACACCAUGGCGGUUGCUGCGGUGGCAGUGGUACCAGUGGUGGCGGGCGACGCUGGAACACCUCGCUGAUCUACAUGGUGAACUUGGCCACCACCGAUCUGAUGUAUGGUCUGUCGCUGCCCUUCCUGGUGGCGAGCUAUGUGCUGAGGGACCGCUGGGUGUUUGGGGACUUCAUGUGUCGCCUUGUCCGCUUCCUCUUCUACUUCAACCUCUACUGCUCCAUCUUCUUCCUCACCUGCAUUUCCGUGCACAGAUACCUUGGGAUCUGCCAUCCGAUGAGGACCAUCACUCUGGAGAGCAAGCGGGUGGUUAAGGGGACUUGUGCUUUGGUGUGGGUGGUGGUCUUCAUUCUCACCUGCCCCAUCUUUAGGUUCGCCCAGACAGGAUACGUCAGGCGCAGAGGCGGGGGGAUCGUUGAGCCCGGAGGAGCAAGGGAAGGUGGGAACAGUACUGGAUCUCAGCUGGAGGAUGAGGAGGGAUACAUGAACUGCUGGGAUGAUGCCAUUGAUAAAGAGUUUGCUGACUACGUCCCAUAUGGCAUUGUCCUCCACCUGCUGGGCUUCUUUGUGCCCUUUGUCAUCAUCGCCUGGUGCUACUCUCAGGUGGUCAGGACGAUAUUUCAGACUCUGCGUUCCCCUCCUAGUUCGAUAGAGGGUGGGGAGGAUGGUCCAGUGGGAGACGGGGCCACAGAUGGAGUUAGAGAGCGGGAGAGAACCUCAGUCUCAAUUUCUGGAUCACAGUAUUCGCACUAUAUUCGGCGGCGACGGAAAUCCAUUAAAACCAUUGUAACCAUCACACUGCUGUUUGCGCUCUGUUUCCUGCCAUUCCAUGUGACCCGGACGCUGUUCCUGCUCCUGCGGCGUGGGCAGCUCGGUGGCUGCAACGUCAUGAAGACUGUCUCCAUCUGCUACAAGGUCACCCGGCCACUGGCCUCCUGCAACGCCUGGCUCAACGCUCUCCUCUACUUCCUGACGGGGGAUAAGGGCGCCCCUUGCUGCUGGCCGGCAGAACAUACUGUCCGCAGAGACCGCCGAAGCGGCUCUCUCUGGUGGCCACUGAAAAUCCUGAAAAAAGAGGGAAUGGGAGAGGAUGACCAGGAGGUGGCUGAGAGGGUUGAAAGGGAGGUGCACAUAGAAAAUGAGUCCAAGUCUUCCAGGGUCAUCUUUUAG